UUGCCUCAUCCUCGGCCUGUGCUCGAGUAGUCGCACUGUCGAGUGUUGAGCGGCCUGAGGAGGGAACGAACGGCCAAUCUCCUUCUGAGCUGGAAUAGCGUCCUCGCCGUGCGGACUGCGAAGCUGGCUGUUGUUGGGUCGCUUGACUCGGUUCUGUUCUGGUCGGACUCCUGCGAGUUCGCUCACCUGGGCCGCACGUAGUUGUUGUUGUAGUAGUUGUAGUAGGGGGCCACUUCAAUGAUAGGGGAACGUGAGUUGCGGUUGCUCAUUUCGUCCUGUAGCAUUCUGUUUAUGUUGUAUAUAGUAGAGGAGUAUAUAGUAGUAUUAGAUUCAGGUGAGGACUAUCCAGAGCGAACAGGACCGUUUGUCCUCAUCAACAUCUUGCGGUGGAGCGGUGGAGGGGUCUUCUUCUGUGGCACACACUCGGUGGGGCGAAGGGGCGAAGAGAUCUUUCGAGUUAGUUGUCAGCGAGCGACUAGCCCCGCUGUACCCGCUGUACUGUAGGUAGAUCCGCGGGUUGUUAGUCGUUACGUUAGUGUCCGUCUGAGGAUCCUUCUUCUUCUAUUCGGCCCACCACUCUUGACGAGCAACUCUGUCCGAUCCUUUGCUUGUUCGUUCGUUCGUUCGUGCGUUCGUUCGUUCAUUCUGCCGUCGUGUGUCCGUGGAGAACGUAGAACUAUAGAACUCGAGAACUCUCGACGAGGUGCCGGCGGAGGGUCGCUUUGCCGAAGUGAUCGCGGGGGAGAAGCAUUCUCGUGAUACCAGCGUCAUUUCAUCCCGUGAAAGAAAGCUGCGAGGAGCAACAACUUGUGAGCCCUCACUCUUUCUCGCCUUUGGUGCACACCUUUACUCUUCUUCCCUUUUUUGAGGUCUGUCGGCCUCAGAAAAUACCUUCGACUCAAAAUCGAGUGGCCGAGUCGGUGUUUUGAACACAUUUCGUUUUGUUGCUCCAGUUCGUUCUUGGUUUGUGUGUGAAGAGUGAGUGUUCCUUAGUUCUCCAACGAGUUUGAAUUCCAUGGGGGUUCAUCCAUGAUCAUCAUCAUCAUCAUCCACAUUGCCCAUCAGGUCUCGGACCCUUCCUCUCAAUAUUUCUUCCUCUGCUGCUGCUCCUCCUGCUCCUCCUGCUGGUGCUGCUCCUCCUAUUAUUGCUCCUAGUCGUCUCUCUUGGCUCUUGGCUCUUCACUACUUGGCUCUUCUCCUGGUCCGGGCCUUCACCUGUGUUGAGACUGAUUCGAGUAAACUGUAGAGUCACCUAUAAGCAAGCUCCAGGUUCGAUCCAGAGACCGAGUGAAAUAUACUACUUGCAUACAGACACCGAGGAGAGAAGCCAAGAGUGUGAGAGUAGGAGAGAGACCAACUUCCAAGACGAAGAAGAAGAAUUCCAGUUGGGGGGGUGACCGAGCAACGCCCAAAUAUUUGUUGUGAAACUCUUCCUAGUGCAAUCAGUCUAGCUGACCAACAUGUCUAACAAUAACAACAGUGGUAGUGGCGAUGCCACCGAAAACAAUGGAGCCAUCAUCCAUGUCCGGGAGGACUCCAAUAAGUCCAUUGACGAGAUGUUUGCCAUAGCUCUCAAGCCUCAAGGCACGCAGAGACCACUCUCGGUGCCCUUGCGGAUGAGAAAAUUCCCCACCUCCUUUUGGAACCCACCUUCCUCGGGCUCCAAGUCUCCUAACUAUCACAGUCGAGAGAAUUCCGUAGACAAUACGCUUCAGAAUCCUCCCUCCAAUCUGCAAGCCGACCCUUUUUCGCCCGCAGGAAGCACAGGUUCGGUUGGAUCGCCCCAGCCCCCCACCAGCUCAUCUGCCCCAUUUCAUAGUAGAGCCCAUAGUUCCCCCGCCACCUUGCAACAGACCCUGGUCUUGGCCAACAAUCCACCUCAAACCGCCUCUCUUCACCAUAGAACAGCAUCUUUUGACCCUGUGGAUAAACUGGGAUCACUACCUCCAGGCUGGGAAAUGGCCAAGGAUGCCAAUGGUCAAAUGUAUUUCAUGAAUCACAUCACCAAGACCACUCAGUGGGAAGAUCCUAGGAAGAUGAUGAUUCAACAACAACAACAGCAACAACAGCAACAACCCCCGCCCCCUCAGCAACAGCCACCACCACCACAACAGCCACCUAUUCAAGUACAACAAGGCUUGGGCAAUGGUCCACCUCGAGGGGGCCCCUCACCCCAACCUAUCCACCAGAGAUCCAAUAGUGCUAGCUCAGUGUUCAAUCCCUCUCCCCAGCCUCCCGUUAUUCGAGAGGAUGUGGGACAACUACCUCCAGGUUGGGAACAAAGUGUCACACCAGAGGGCCAGAUCUAUUUCAUCGAUCACACCACCAAAAAUACCACGUGGUUAGACCCAAGGAUUCCUCCCCAUAAUCAGAUCACGCCAACACACACACUUCACGUUGACUAUCAGACUCAACAACGUAGACAGCAAGACGCCCGCCUCCAAAAGCUAGUAAAGGAGCGAAAGGCCCUUCAACAACGGCAAGCUGAGCUUAUUCGUGAGAUGGAACAGCAGAGGCAGCGAUCAUUGAGUCAAGAAAAUGUGGCCGUGGCCAUGAACCAGACCCAAGAGAUGUUGAUGCGACAGACCUUGGGGGAUUCCCCUUCAAACGGCGACCCCUUCCUUGGGAACACAUCCCAGAUUGUGCAUCUCAGUGAGCAACACAACCGACAAGAAUCCGCGGACUCAGGUGUGGGCAUGGGCUCCAAUUUCAAUUUGAUCAGUAUCCCAGAGGUAGAUAUGGACAUGGACACAUCUUCAGCCAUGGACACCACCUUGACCCCCACCAAUGACAAUGAUGGGGGAGCUUCCACCACAAACGGUUCCAAUAGCAUGGACUCGGAUCAAAUGAUCCCGGUUCUGCCCACGGAGCUGGAUGAGGUUGUCCAAGAUGUGCUUUCCAAUGGUCAACUAGUGAACGGGCCUCAACCCACUUGGCUGUAAGACUGAAGUGGGACAGUGAUGGUGUGCCUGGAAAUAGGAACUGAUCUUGACCACGUAGUAAUGUACUACAUGUAUAAAGAAUAAUGGGGAUGUUACUUACGUAAACAACCAUUGUUUGUGCCUUCAUCGAACCGUCCAUUUUGUGUGUACUAAAGCCUUAUCAAAGGUGAUAAGACGACAAAAAGUGCCUUAUCCUAUUAUGAGAGUACUUGAUAUUUUUUAUGUCGCAACUGGCCAGAUGUGUUUGAAAUCAAAUCCGAUCCCCCA